AUGGUUUCUAAUACGUCGGUUGGUGGUGGAGGAUUGCUAGGACACGAUACUUUUGCUAGUUCCGAAACUCAGUUUAUAGCUGUAUGGAUUGCAACGUUUAUUUUUUUCAUACUGUGGCUACUGAGCCUUUUUUUGUUGCCUGUUAUUGAAGCACUGGCGUCCAAGGCGCAUGAAGAGUCAGUUGAAGAGCGAGAAUCAGAAACUGUGCCACCUGCUUCGGCUAGUACCAUGACGAGAUCAUCUCGAGAUGCAUUUUUGAUUCUACUAGCGACUACUCUUGCCAAUCAAUCAGGACAUGGUCACACAUACUAUACACUUUCGAUAACAUGGGCAUCGUUUUCACUUUUAGUUGUGUGGAUAUUUGUCAGAAUGCUUAUUCCAGAAGCAGCACGAUUCAUGUGGUGGUUGGAUAUGUUAGUAUUUUUCCCAGUAUUAGCACUUCAAAUUGCCAACUUUGGACUUGCAUUUUCGAAUGCACCUUCAAUGCGAUAA